AGCACAAACAUAUACCAACUUUUAUAUAAUCCCCCCUUCUCCUCCUCCUCCUCCUCCAUUCUUCAACUUCACAUCUCUCCAUACCCAACCCACCUGUUUUAGACGUGUGGGUCUUCGCUUUAAAUUUUCCAUUUGCCAUCUCCCUUGGUAGGAUGAUUUAGUUCAGCUUCUUAUACACUUUUUGUUUAUAAAUUCAACAAUACGUGCCCACCAAUCUUGUUAUUUGUAUUCCUUCCAGCAAACUUUUCAAACACCCAAAAAAAAAGAGAUUUCUUGUGGACAAUUAUGGAGAGUAUUGAAAUGGAUAAGGAGAGAUUAACGGCGGAGAUGGCCUAUAAGGACUCUUCCUCCGCCGUAAUCAAAAUCCGUCAACGGUUGCCGGAUUUCCUCCAGUCGGUGAAACUCAAGUACGUGAAAUUGGGUUAUGGGUACUCUUAUAAUCCUGCUACCAUACUCUUGUUCCUCAUCACUGUACCUCUCUCCAUGGCCAUAAUGGUUCAAUUCACUGGUUUAAAUAUGGACCGGGUUUAUGAGUUGUGGAAUAGUCAAACCGUUCAACUUGACGACAUUGAUGCCACUUCCAGACUACUCGGGUCAACGGUCUUACUCUUUCUUCUGGUUCUGUACUGGUCCAAGCGGACCAGACCGGUCUACCUCGUCGACUUCGCGUGUUACAAACCGGAAGAAGAGCGUAAAAUGUCGGUCGACUCGUUCCUAAAGAUGUCUGAAGAGAGCGGCGCGUUUGAAGACGAGACGCUACAAUUCCAACGCCGUGUAGCGAGCCGGUCCGGUUUAGGAGACGAAACUUACUUAUCCAGAGGAAUAACAUCCUCACCGCCGAAUCUGAACAUGAAGGAGGCGCGCGCCGAAGCCGAAGCCGUGAUGUUUGGCGCACUCGACUCACUUUUCGAGAAAACCGGUUUGAAACCAAACGACGUCGGAAUCCUGAUUGUCAACUGCAGCUUGUUCAAUCCGACGCCGUCUUUGUCGUCCAUGAUAGUGAACCACUACAAGCUUCGAACCGACAUCAAGAGUUACAAUCUCGGCGGAAUGGGCUGCAGUGCCGGCCUGAUCUCGAUCGAUCUCGCUAAAGACCUUCUUCGAGCAAACCCCAAUACCUACGCAGUAGUAGUAAGCACAGAAAACAUUACUCUAAAUUGGUAUUUUGGGAAUGACCGGUCUAUGUUGCUGUGUAAUUGUAUAUUCCGGAUGGGUGGAGCCGCGGUUCUUUUGUCGAACAAGUCUCGAGACCGGGUUCGAGCCAAGUACGAAUUGGUUCAUACGGUUCGAACCCAUAAAGGGGCAGAUGAUAAAAACUAUCAGUGUGUGUAUCAAAGAGAGGAUGAUAAGGGUACAGUUGGGGUAUCAUUGGCUCGUGAACUCAUGGCCGUGGCCGGAGAUGCGUUGAAGACCAAUAUUACCACCUUGGGCCCACUUGUGCUGCCAUUGACGGAGCAGAUUAUGUUCUUUUUAACGCUUGUUCGAAGGAAGGUGAUGAAGGCUAGGGUAAAGCCGUAUAUACCUGAUUUUAAACUGGCGUUUGAGCAUUUUUGUAUACACGCUGGUGGGAGAGCGGUUUUGGACGAGUUACAGAAGAAUAUGCAACUCAGUGAGUGGCACAUGGAGCCGUCUAGAAUGACGCUUCACCGAUUCGGGAACACGUCUAGUAGCUCUCUGUGGUACGAGUUGGCUUAUACUGAGGCUAAGGGUCGGAUCUCGGGUGGGGACCGGGUUUGGCAGAUUGCUUUCGGGUCGGGUUUCAAGUGUAACAGUGCUGUUUGGAGAGCUCUGAGGAAGAUUCCUGUUGGUGAGACACGUGGCAACCCAUGGGUUGAUUCGAUAGAUAAAUACCCAGUCAAGGUGCUUACGUCAUAAGAUUUGAAUAAUGGUUUGAUAACGCACGCCCUGAUCCACGUAGACGAUGGUGUUAAUUUCUUAAUUUGUCUUUUUUUUUUAGUUUUUACUUUAUAAUUUCUUCUUUUUUUUUUGCCCAUACCAUAUUUAAUGGGAGAAAAAAAUGUAAUAUUCCUGAAGUGGAGAUUAUUUCUGGUCUGUAAUAUUUCAAUAUAUAUAUAUA